CUUUUUUAACCUCCCGCUGAGUGAACCCGCGACACCCAACAUCUUUGUCGGAACAUAAAAAAAAGAAGACCUGCAUCCACCUUUUACUUAGCUAUCCCUGCUUUACAACUCAGACGUAUUGUGGCCAGCUGUUGUCGUUUGCUGUCUCGCUACGUGAGGGUGAACUACAAAUACAUACUUGGGUCCUGCUUUUUAAUAAUAUUCCCAAAAAAUUAAUUACAGUAGCAGACAUGGAGGGCCGCUCUUGAGAUGCUGACUUUUGACACCUGUGGAACAGGCGACUGUUGAUACUUUUAUUUGUGAUUUCUCAAACUAACUUUUGUCAAUUUAUCCACAUAACUGUCCGCCGCCUGACUGACAACUCGGGAAACCAAUGACAGGAUGUAGAAGUCUGUGUACACCGCCGUUGCCAUAGUUACAGACCGACAUUCCAAAGACCUGGAAAUCGGGGGGCGGGACUAACGUUUAAGCACGGGUGUGUGCACUUUUGAACAGCAAGUAACGGCAAGAAACUUUUUACAUUUGUAACUUUGCGAAGUUAACAGAGAAAGCAUGCACUUCUGAGUAUUAACUGUCAAACACAUGUUUUUUAAUUUCUUUACAAAGCAAGCGUUACAACUUGAGCUAACGUAACUUUACUAGCAUGUACCGCUAACCAAGCUAACGGUAACGCGUCAGCUAAUCUCAGCUAACGGUAAUAGUUUCUUUACAGUUCAGUACCGAAUGUGUUAGACUAUUUGCGGACAAAUGGUUUUAAACUCGAACGAAAGCCUCAGUCCGUGUUGAUAGUAAGCUAUAAGCAACGUUAAAAGUUACCCCAAAGUUUCACUUGUUGAAGGCUGGGUCUAAUUAAUUUUACCUGCAUGCCUGUCAGGUGUGAAAGGUAUCUCCCAUUGGACAGAGCUGCUGUGACUCCACCCUGCACAGGUGUGUCUGUGUCUGGUGCCUUCCUCUUAACACGUGUUAUUAACUCUCAAUAUUGGCAUUAAUGACAGUAUAAUGCCUUGAUAUUGUGCAUGAUUUUAUAACUAUAGUUACCUAUGUACUAUGUGGAGUAGAAUUAUCCAGUAAACUUUGGUUGAAACAGUAAAGCAUGUUAAGGAGAGAAAAGGUUCAUGAAAUGUGGACUUAGCACAAGUUUGGUGACUUUAGACUUGACAAAAUCAAGAGAGACUUGCAACUUGACUUCAGCUUUAAAAGCAAUGACUCUUGACUUCACUUAGACUUGAGCCUUGUUACUUAAAAAUACUUGAUACCUUACCCCAAACCCAAAGACUGAAAAGUAUUAAAAAGUGAGCCAUAAAAAAACUCAGUUCCUUAUUAUUUCCUGAUUUGACUUAGACUAUUAAUUCCCAGCAAGCUGACACUUAGUUUCUCUCCAUUGUUAAGACAUGAUAACUGAAACUGGGAUCCACUUGAUCUUCGUCAUGACUUUGUUUUCUUAGUACAGCACAAGUCUUCUCUUGUAUAUGUGUGAACAGUUUUUCAUCAGUGUCACACAUUGUUCACACCCUUUUCAUAAAAGUUAAUACCAGAAAGACCAAAAACUACUGGAUAAACUGUGUUGAACAAAAGGCAAACAUCUAUUCACAGUUGAUAAAAAUUAUUUGCAUGAUUAUGAAUUUCCAAUGCACCUAUUUGAAACUCCUUUGCACAACUCUUCAAUCAGCAGUCCAUUUAUAAAAUAAGUUUUGUUACAAGUUUCCAAUGCUUUAUGAGUGUCAGAGCAUUUUGCAAACAAAAAUCUUCAUUUUUCCAGCAACCUUUUGUCUGUGAACUAUUUUGAAAAUUAUUUUCUGACUGGACACGUGUUCAGGCAAAUCAAAAUUGUAAUUCCCCAGAUCCACAUUGCUUGAGCCAAUCUGACAGCAUCCAGUCAAGUUGCAGGAGAGAACCAUUAAGAACUAAUGUUACAUUACUGAAUGCCAGUUGGAAAAAAUUAUGCCAAAGAUUAUGUUGUUUGUGUACAAAAAACUACAUGGUGGUCAUCAAAAAAGAAUUGCAGACAUAUGCAACAACUUCCAACAAGGUUGUUUGAACAAAUAAGCACACAUUUUAAAAGCACUCAUAGUUAUUUAAAAGUUUAACAUGUUAUUACUCUUUUGAAAUUCAAAGUUUAGGACUUGGGACUUGACUCUGGACUUUUCAGUCUUGACUUGGGACAUGAGUGUAAAUCUUGAAACUUACUUGUCUUCUGAAAGGUUCUCAUGACUGACUGGCUUCUUUUCUGUUGUGCUGCAGGUAACUGAGCCUCUGAAUUGGGAGAGAGUGACACCAGGAUGGGAAUGCUACAGUAACAAGGCUGUGCCAGUACUGAGGAUAAACUUUCACCCCUCUGCUGCAUUUAGAACCGCGACUCAUUUUUUCGUAGCAGCUUGCCAGCAGAGCGGUGUGACAAGAAGACAGUUGAAGAUGCCCUGCGUUCCUGCCUGAGCAGAGCCAAGGGAUGUAUAAUGACUAACUGAUACAUACUGAAUCAAUGGACAAGAGGACGUUCCCUGGCACAAUGUUCAGGCAAGUGGAUGCAUCAUCCAAAAGACGCCCUUGUGGUGGAAGUGGACUGCCCCAGCCUCUGCCAUCCUCCUCCAUCCAGCAGGGUCGCAUCCGGGCUGUGGAGGUGGCAAGAGGGAGAACAGGGUAUGGCUUUACGCUGUCAGGCCAAAGUCCGUGUGUCCUCAGCUGCAUCCUGAAAGGGAGCCCUGCAGACUAUGUAGGUUUGCGUUCAGGAGACCACAUCCUCUCUGUCAAUGACAUCAAUGUCUCCAAGGCAUCGCAUGAAGAUGUGGUCAAACUGAUAGGACGCUGCUCUGGUGUCUUGAAACUAGUCAUUGCUGAAGGAGAGCGCCACAGGCGGCACCAUCACCACCACCAACGCAGUGCUGGAAGUCGUCAUCAUAGCAGUAACACAAUGGCAGCAUCGUACAUGGACUCAUGCUCUAGUGAUGAUGAGCUGGAUGGUUUUUAUGACAACGGUGUAAAUAACAACAAUAACAGCAGGUCAGGCUGCGGGGCUCGUGGGGGGUGGUACAAACCCAAAAUGGAUUCUAAGCAGCUGGGCAUCAACAGGGCAGAGAAGGUUGUGGCAGAGCUGCAGUCCGGAGGAAUUUUUAACAUGAUUUUUGAGAACUCCAGCCAGUCCUCCAGCAGCUCAGAGAAGGAGAGACCUGGGGCCAGCUCAUCAUCAAAGCCACGCCCGCUGUCCGAUCCAGAGUUCCCUCCAUAUCGGAACCCCUCGCGUUCACAGAGCAACCCCAACCUGCUCUCUGAGGAGGAGAUGGCCCAAGUUCUAAAUGAUGACUCAGUCUUCCUGGACGUAGACUUCCGUCAUCUCCACCUUCAGCACCACGAAGAGCAAGACUUGGAUGUAGGAGAUGGUGGCGACUUGGGCCUAGAGCCCAGCGAGGGCAUCCUCAAUGUGGGCAUGAUUGUUGGCUAUCUGGGCUCCAUUGAGCUGGCCUCCAUAGGGACGAGCUUAGAGAGUGACAGCCUGCAAGCCAUCAGAUGCAGCAUGAGACGCCUCCGGGCCGAGCAGAAGAUCCAUUCACUGGUCUUGAUGAAGGUGAUGCAUGACAGUGUGCGUCUGUGCAGUGACAGAGGUCAGGUUCUGGCCACCUAUCCUGCAGAAAAACUAGCCUUCAGCGCCUGCUGCCCCGAUGACCGUCGAUUCUUCGGACUGGUCACGAUGCAGGCCACUGACGACCACGACGAUUUUCACUUCGGCAACGGACGAGAUGAAGAGGGCAGUCUGAGGACUUCCUGUCACGUCUUCAUUGUGGACCCAGACCUCUGUCACCACCAGGUUCAUUUAGGUGUAGCGAGGAGGUUUGGCUUUGAGUGCACACCUGACCCUGACACAGGAGGCUGCCUGGAAUUCCCACCCAGUUCUCAGCCUCUCCUCCAGUUUGUCUCCGUCCUCUACCGGGACAUGGGGGACAACAUUGAGGGGGUCCGGGCUCGGGCCUUCCACGAUCCAGACAAUGACGCCCAGCAGAACCACAGCACCAGCAGCAACAGUGACAGCGGGAUCGGCAACUUUUUACCAGAGGAGAAGAGCAACAGAGUGCUUUUAGUAGACCUCGGAGGUCCUCCUAACCACAACCACAUCUCUGGGCCACGCCACUGGGACAGUCCACCCUCAUCCCAGCAGGCCUGGAGCCCCACCCUAGGAGCUGCGGCCCCUCACCCACCUCCUCCUCCUCCACCAGCUCUGCGAAAUGGCCACUACCGUCAUGAUCCACACCUGGCUGACCUCCCUCACCCUCUCCCCUUGGCUCACCCCGAUGUCCCUGGCAGGCACUCUCGAGGGGUCCACCCACACCACUACUCACCGGGAAAGCGGGGAGGAGCUGUGGGGGGAGGAGAAAAGAGAGGGGGCGGAGGAGUGGGAGCAGGGGUGGAGCCGCAGCGGUGGCUACCAGUCCAUGUGCUGAGAGACUGGCGUCAGCAGCACCACCACAGCCAUCUCCAGGGCCUGAGCAGCGAUCAGGAGUCCUACGCCGAAUCCACCGACGGAUGGUCAUCAGCCAACUGCAGCACCCUGCCCCCACCCAUGAAUAAGAUCCCGGCCGACCGCUACCGGGCUCCACUGGCCCCCGGGGACCACCUGCCACCACCUGGAGGGAGCCAGCCUCCUCCUCCUGCACAUCCCCACACCCACCGGCUGGCUGCUCACAAAGAUGAGUGGGCUAAGAAGCUGUUUGGUGGAGACAGGGAGAGAGCUGGGGCAGAGAGAGGUGAAAGAGAGAAGAAACGAGGGAAUGUAAAGGAGGGAGAGAAAAAGGGUGGUCGGUUCCGUGGUCUCACCAUGGGCUUCCCUCCUCUCCCCCAGCGCUCCUCAGCCAGACGCUCCUUUGGACGCUCCAAACGUCUCAGCCUGGCCCGCUCUCUGGAUGACCUGGAGUCCGCUGCCGUCUCCGAUGGAGAACUUAACAGCGUGGAGCUGCAGGGCUGCAGCAGCGACAACAGUCUGAACAGUAAUGCCAGCCUGCCCAGUGUUCAGAGCCACCGGCGCCACACUGAGAGGAGAGUGGCCAGCUGGGCUGUCUGCUUCGAGAGACUCCUGCAGGACCCCGUGGGAGUCCGCUACUUCUCGGAGUUCUUGAAGAAAGAGUUCAGUGAGGAGAAUAUCCUGUUCUGGCAGGCUUGUGAGUUCUUCAGCCACGUACCUGAGAAUGACAAGAAGCAGCUUUCUCAGCGUGCCAGGGAGAUCUACAACAGCUUCCUGUCCAGCAAAGCAACAACACCGGUCAACAUAGACAGCCAGGCCCAGCUAGCUGAUGACAUCCUCAACGCUCCCCGACCUGACAUGUUCAAGGAGCAGCAGCUGCAGAUCUUCAACCUGAUGAAGUUCGACAGCUACACGCGGUUCCUCAAGUCUCUGCUGUACCAGGAGUGUAUGCUGGCCGAGGUGGAGGGGAGGCCCCUGCCUGACCCUUACCACAUCCCCAGCAGCCCCACAUCCAAACAUAGCACCACCGGCUCCGACCGCUCCAACCUGUCCACACCCAAGAAGGAGGACAAGAAGAGCAAGUCAGGCAGAUCUUUAAAUGAAGACAGUCGGGAUGAUUCAGGAGACCGGAGGAAAGGCAUGUUCUUCUCCUGGUCCCGCAACAGGAGCUUCGGCAAAGGCCCGAAGAAACGAGAGCUGGCCGACUUCAACUACAAUUUUUCUGGCAGCAAUGGUCGCCGGGAAUCCCAGGGCUCGCUGUCUUCAGGAGCCAGUCUGGAGCUGGGACCAUCAGGGUCAGGAAGGAAUGAGGGUGAUGUUUCCCGAGGCGCAGUAUCAGUGUCAACAGAGCGCGGAGGGGGCAGCGCCCCCUUGAGGCAGUGCAACAUAAGCUUGCCGGACGGCUCAUGUUGCUCUGUGCCACUGAGGGCCGGAGUGUCCAUCAGGGAUCUGCUGCUUGGUCUCUGUGAGAAGCUCUGCAUCAACCUGGCAGCUAUAGACCUCUUCCUGGUUGGAGGGGAGAAGCCACUUGUUUUAGACCAAGACUGUAUGACAUUGUGCUCUCGAGACCUCCGACUAGAAAAACGCACUCUCUUCAGACUUGACUUGGUCCCUAUUAACCGCUCAGUGGGCCUUAAAGCAAAGCCCACCAAGCCAGUGACUGAAGUCCUCAGGCCUGUGGUGGCCAAAUACGGCCUGCACCUCGCUGACUUGGUGGCACGUAUUAGUGGGGAAAUGGAGCCAUUAGAUUUAGGUCUUCCUAUAUCCAACCUGGACGGGCUGCGGGUGGUAUUAGAUAUUGCAGAAAACACUCCUGGAAAAGCAGACAAACAGAAAGUAGCUCCUUCCAAGAGCCUCGUCCCUGCCUCGACAAGCAGAAAUCAAUCGACAACAGGGGAGGACAGGCCGUCAGAGAAAACCGGUUCAACCCACCCCCAUGGGGAGAACGGCAAAGCUGGGCCCAGCCCUGACACAAGCAGCCAGCCGUUACCCAACCACUCUGUCUCUCUCCAUAAGGCUCCGGAGAAAAGAAAGCAGAAAAAGAUUAAUAUAGACGAAGCUGAAGAGUUCUUCGACCUCAUAUCCAAAGCUCAGAGCAACCGAGCAGACGACCAGCGAGGCCUGCUAAACAAAAGCGACCUGCAGCUCCCAGACUUUCUGCGCCUGUCACCAGUGGCAACCAACCCGGCUGCCCCUCCUCCCUACGACCCUGAGCCCAGUUGCUCCACCCCUUAUUCCCGUAACCCCAACAACGGCAGCUUCCCUAGCAGCGGUCGCCGGGGCAAUAAGACGAUCAGCAACGACAGGGGAGGAGGAGGCAGCACCCACUUGCUCAACGCGAGCCAUCAGUCCCAGAGCUUGGACUCUGCACUGGGAACUGAGAGUGGAGGGGGGAGGAAAGCCAGGCCACCUCCUCCGUUUCCUGGCACCAUCUCCCCCAUCCACCCAUCCCAGGGUGCCCAGCGUGGUCUCCUCCAGGACUCUGGCAGAGGAGAAUCAGUCCAGAUGCUGGAGGAGGACACGCUGUCUGAUCUGACUCUUGUGGGAGAGGGGGACAUUAACAGCCCCAGCCUCAACUACGUCACUCCCUCAGCCCUACAGUGCAAACCCCGACCCCAACAACAAGCACAGGACGGUCGGCCUAGCUCAGGUACUUCCCCCGUGUGAGCUCUAAAAACUUUUAAACUUUCACCUCUUCCUUCAACUGACUGUGAGAGGGACUGGAGACCCAAUAUAGUCAGUUUGAAAUUCCUUGUUGGUCACUUUUGGCCCAGAAUGCAUCCAGUUCUCCUCCCUUUAUUUCAUUAAUCACUUUCUACUGUCUCAUUAAAAUUGUGGAACAUUUUUUUCCGGAUUCAAGUAUAAAACAGUCAGUAAUGUAAAAGGACAAGCUUUCAUCACAUGCAGUAGAAAUGAGUGUUAAAGGAGCUGUUUGUGACAUUCAGACACCCAUUGUUCAGAGUCUAGGGCAGAAUUGUCUGUCCAUGUUCUCAACAUAGAGGUGGCUGAGCUGGCGGGUAGCAGCUAAUGGUGCUAACCUGCAGGGAAACUGGAGGGUGUGCGCCACUCUUUAACAACAACACUAUCCUGAUAUCAGUGGUAACCACCAUAUGAGCACAGAGCAGAGGCGAUUAGCUCGCCAGUGGGACACACUUACCUGGAGGUCCUUUUCAUCACGCUAACUUAUGCCUGGGCCACACUGCCUGUGCAUGUGGAUUGUGCAUCCUCUUGUGUUUUCUUUUUUUGGCACCCGUGUUAACAGGUUAGAGCAGCCACAUUGCCCAAGUAAGCAGUGCUUCUCAGGCAGGCUCAGCUGCUGCACAGCUGGGGAACAUCCAGAUGUCUCCACGUCACGCACGGAUUCAGCCAUAAUAGACAAUGAUAAGGUUUUCAUAAGCAAACUGACAUUGUACCACCUUUACAAUUUCAAUUUCUCUGUCUGUCACAGACAUGAAAAAAUCUAAAUAUUUAUUUUUAACUUAACUUUAACUUUUUACCGUUUCCAUGUAAAAGCCCUCUGACAAUGUUACGACCUUCAAAGAAUAGACACAAUCCCUUCAUUUGUUAGUACUGGCUUUUAAUUGUGUAAAUACAGCUCUCACAGCUGCAGCAGCAAUGCUGUCUGUGUGAACGCCGCACGUGUGCGACCUGCAGCAGUUCAGCGAGGUAGCUGUCACGCGCUGCUCACACAGGCAGUGUGGUCUGGGCAUUAUGCCUCCUCACCCCCUCUCUUCUCCUGUGACCCAGAAAUCAUUCCCGUUCCACAAUCAUGGAGGAUCUUCCAAUUCAUUAUGUGCACCUUGAGUAGACGAGGAAAGAGGAGAAAGGAGAGAGGAGGCCUCUGGAGGAGUUUAGAGUGAGAAAACACAGGUGUGUCAUACACAGAAGUCUUUCAUCAGUCGACAUACACACAUUCUUACGCAGCUAUGAGGUGUAUUACUGUGUACAUAACAACGCGAGUAAAUAAAAAGCCUAAGUAAUAAUACUACUAAUAAAUGGUUAUGUUAAACUGUUAUAGGCCUAUAAGAGAUGUUCCCAUCUAUCUGUUUAAGGUUUUGAAAUUCUUUUUAAAUAAGGGGUUUUGCAGACAUUCAUUCCUGCCAGUCAGUUUGACAGGUGAUACAGCUGUGCAGCACGUCAUGAGUAACAGACUACUCUUAAGACUGCUGCUCUGUAACCAAGGAUUUCUCACUUGGCAGUUUCAACUCCUUGCUUCCUCUGCUUGCUUCUCUCUUGGGCGAAAUUAAGACACAAGUAAAGAAAGCAAAUGAGGGAAGCGAGGAGACACGUCAGCAUGAUGAAAUGCACCCAGGGACAUUCGUUCAGUAAAAUGCACGCACAGCCGGACUGUCUCCCACAACAUCAAACAGAGAGGUUAGGAUUACAGUACACACAGAGGGAGCAUGACUUAAUUCUCUGCUCAGGACACCAUUACUCCACUAUAGAUACAUAGCAAAUAGUAGUUUGCUGCUAUAGUGAUGUUCUGAAUGUCACAUACAGCUCCUUAAAGUCAGUCAGUGGAUAUAGUGAGUUGAUAAAGUGAUAUGUGCACUACCUUGCGGCCAGCAUCUACUGUAAGUCAACGACAACCUUUAGAUGAACUUGGUGAGACACAUAAAGAGAGGAAAAAUGGAUGCAUUAGGCUUGGGCAGAACUUUCCCUGCGUGGUUUGUAUCUGUGUGAACUUUUGAGCGGACUUGCUGUGGAUUUUCUUUCUGGAGACGUUAGCUCGAGGACGAGCUCAAGAAUAACUGGCGAUGACCAGUGCCAAACUCCCUCCCGCACCCCCUCCUCAGUGUACAGAAUCUAACAAUGCACUUUAGCCAAUUACAAACAAGACUUCACUCAUAUUUACACAUUUUUAAAAAUAAUUUUCUCCCUGCUCUUUUUUUUUUUAACCUUUCAAAGUGUCCGUUUCGUGCUACAGGUGGUUGAGCUGCCAUAGGUUUAGAAAACAGUUGAUAUACUUGCUAACAAUUACUAGCUGUUCCAAACCCACAGCGGUAUGGAGGCUACAUUGCUGCACUUCUAAGUGACCCGUGUGUUAUUUUCUACUUAUUACAUGCUAUUGUGCACACUGCAUGCUGACCCCAUUAAUACAAACAUAUGCUACAGUGCCAUGGACACACACACACACACACACACACACACACACACACACACACACACACACAUUUGCUCAGCUGGUCUUUGUCGACUCAACACAGUACAGUCUGUGUUUCCACCACUGUCCUCUCACCUCAGGCAUUUCUCGUGUCACUCAUGAAACAGACUGAGUGCACACACAGUCCAAUCUUGCUCUCUGACCAAAUGAUCCAGAAACGUCUGCACUGACUGUACAUGAGCAGUUUUUCAAUAUAUUUUCUUUGCACUACAUCACACGGCAGCAUCUGUUUCUGUUUCUUUCCGCAGUCUCGCAGGUCAACAGUGUUUUGAACCGUCUUUCCCUGCAGGGUUUUAGCUGGAAAAAUUGGACUAACAAGUAAAACCGUUUCACUUUUUAAAGGUUUCACUCAUACUUUAUCCUGUACUAUAUUAUCAAGACGACAUUAAUUUAUCCCACAUCCUUUUUUCAUUUUUACGAUCUAUCAGUUAAAAGUAUUAAUUUGUAUAUAGUCAACUUUGUGAAAGCACCGUAUCGCUGUAGUCAUCGUUGAAUUGCAAUGCAGCCAUGCUGUUUCUUCAGUUGUGUCACAAUAGAAAUCAAUUCUCCUCUGUUCAGUCGACUGUACUGUCUGUAAAUAGAUCAAAUAAAUGUUUUAAACGUUGAA